AAAUCAAUCAGUACAUCAAAGCGUGGACUCUUUUAGCAUUCGAAGUGUUUGCACAGACACCUACUCCUUCUACUGUCAUCAAUACAAGUACACGCUUAAAAGUGUUGGAUAAUCUUGUUCAUAACCUGAAGUGCCAGGAAACCAGGCAACUCCAGUCCAAUGUGCUUGAAGGUCUCGCGCGCUAUAGCUUGGAGCCACCUCUAAUAUGGCAACUGUAACAAUACCGGAGGCAGAAACUGUUGUAGCAGAGACCGCAUCGCCAACCACGAUGUCACCAAAUGCGGGGCCACGCUCUUCCAACCAGUCCCCUCUACGCCCUGGCUCGUCGUUAGUUGCUUACCAACCAAACGGAGGCACUAGCCCUAAAACACCUGGCGGGGGUCGGGGCCAGACUGCAAACUCGACCAUGAAGAGCAGCCACUUGCAGCAAAUCAAGAGCCUGGGGCUGCUGCACGACCUGCAAGACUACAUCGCCUCAGUGGAGUCGCUGGCGGCGGAGCAGAAGAAGGAGCUGGAACGGGUUAAGGAGGAAAAACGCGACAUGGAGAAGUUUAUGGCCCGAGCGGAGGCACACGCGGAGCGGCAGUCGGGCGGCACCGCGCUGGACUUCACGGUGUCUGAGGUGGCAGAUCUGCCGCCGCGCAUGAGGGCGCUGGUGGAGGACAACCGGGGUCUGCGCGACACGGUCAAGAACUACAAGAAGCGCAACCAGACUCUGGAGCACACAGUGACGCAGCAGCAGAACCAAGUGCUGGCGCUGUCCGAGGCCAACGAGCGGCUCAAGGCGCAGCUGGCGGAGUGCUCCCGGACGCCAGCGGAAGUGGAGCGGGAGGAGGCAUUGAAGAAGCAGCUGGAGCUCAAGACGCGCCAGGUCGAGACUUUGGAGCACAGCCUGGGCGUGCUGCGCUCCAAGGUGGACACCGACUCCAGGCUGUACCGCCAGAACCUGUCCGCGGCGGCGCGCGAGAAGGACGCGCUCAAGCGGCAACUGGUGGCCUCCGCCAAGUCGUUGGAGGAGAAGGACAAGGAUCUGCGGGCGCUGCAGCUUGAGCUGCGCAAAACCAAGCGCGGCGCGCCGCCCACGCGCGGCGGCGUGGCCGCCGGCACCUACAGGCUGCCUGGAGGAGGCGGUGCGGGGUCGGACGAGGCAGGCACGGGGGCGGGAGCGGCGGCUGCACCGGCUGCGGAGCCGGAGGAGCGGAUUCGCAUCAUGCUGAUGAUCGUUCGCGACGAGAUUCCAGUGCCGUACGAGGUGCGGGUGGAGGUGCCGGUGCCGUACGAGGUGCGCGUCGAGGUGCCGGUGGAGGUGCGGGUAGAGGUGCCGGUGCCAAUGCCGAUGCCUGCGGCGCCCGAGCCGGCACAGGAGCCAGAGCCGGAACAGGAGACGCAGGCAGAGCCAGAGCCGGCGGCGGAGCCAGAGGCUGCACCGGAGCCGGAUGCUGCGCCGGAGGCUGCACCGGAGCCGGAGGCAGAGACAUCGUCGGCACCUCAGCAAGAGGAGCAGCCGGAGGCGCUGGCGGAAGGCGCUGCCGAGGGUGAGGGUGCUGCGGAUGCCGAGGGUGAGCCCAGCGCCCCAGAGCUGAAGGAUGAGGACAUGGUGCCGGCAGGCGCCUGGCCCUCGUCUGGCGGGCAGGACGCCAGCUCUGAGGCCGUAGAAGGUGCGGAGGGCGCAGAGGCGGCAGAGCCGCCGGCCGCGGCGGUGGAGGCCGCGGAGGGCGCGGAGGCGGCAGAGGCCGCCGUGGCGGCGGCCGAGGGCGAGCCGGAGGCAGAGUCAGCACCGGCAGGGGAGGGGGAGGAGGGCGAGGCAGCGGGGCAAAACGCUGAUGCUGGGCCGCCAAUGGAGCACUCCUCGCAGCCUAUGCCGGUCCCCUACUCGCGUACGGCAGCGCGUGCGCUGGCGACGCGCGUGGGCGGCACGAGCGGUGGCAAGCAGCCGCACCCACCGGUGGGGUCAGUGUCGGGCGCGUCCUCACACCGCAAGCCCUCCGCCUCCAGCACGGCGAGUGCAAGCAGUGGCAAGGGCAAGCCCCAGAAGUAAGGGAGACAAAGCAAGGGAGUCGCGGUGGAUAUGCAAUGACCGUACUCGUUGACUGACGCAGACUACUACUAGACUGCAUUUGCUUGGGCAGAUUGACAGGCAUGCAGAUGAUGGUAACGGGCUGACAAGUUACGACUGGAUGAAAAUGUUGUGUGGCGAUGAGGACGCAAAGCGCGGUUGUGUGGCAAGCGUGUUCAGCAGGAGGUGCAAAUUGGCAGCAUGACAGGUUCGAUGGCGAGGCCUCGAGCUGCCUGUUGUGAACGCAGUGGGCCUGUGGGUGAGAAAGGACAGAUUGCAAUAGCACACUGCAUCUUUGGGUGAACAACAAGUACAUGUGCAACAUCAAAAGGGACGCCGUUGAUGGGGCGUGUCUCCGUGUUCCCACACGCGGAUGGGAUAGGCAUUCCUGGUGUGCCACUCGUGUGUGCCACUCUUUCUAGAAGCUUUUGCGGGCAUUAGCGUUAUCGUGCCCAUACGGUCCCAGGGGGGACUGACAGUAGCGGAUUGCUCGGGCCAGAAUGUAAGGAUGCGGAUUA